CUUUUAUGAAAUUUUCGUUAUCUUUUGCGACAUUAUCGGUGGCAGUUUGUCUUUUGUCAGAGUGACUCAUAACAGGAGUUCAAUGGUUUAAAGGAAAAGAAACAGAAAGAGAGGAAUUGACGUGAAAUAAUUCGGCUCGGUCAAGAAACAGCUCAGUUAUUCGUAAAAAUCCGCUCGAAACAAAGAUGGAUUUGCCGCUCGAUCUCAGAACGUUUCACCUUCAUCGGUCAAGGAACAUUAAGACCACGAAAGAUCCAGCGACAACGGAUUCCUCGAGCGAAGAUAAAGCGGACCAAUCCUGCAGCAAAUUGGCUCCUUUGAUCAGCCUGGAAAAGAAGGAGAGCCCUGUGAAUCCGUACAAUCGAGCAGACUGGACGAAAAUGAACUCGAAAUGGCCGCUUCCGGACACGGAUGACAAUGAGAUCAGCGCUGUUAACAGUCUGCCGCAACUCGACUGCGGUGCAUUCCCGAAAUCGCACAUGGACACGUGUUCCUGCUGUCCUCGGGAGACCUUUGACAACUACGAUACAGACGCUAUCGCCAACUACAGGAGCAUUGUUCUCAAAGACGACGGUUGUUGCAAAGCCCAUUGGAUGCGAAAAGAGUGUUAUCAACGAAUUAAGGCCAAAGUGAAUAAGGCCGUCAAGAGGCACAAAAUAUUUUUGAUACGCGGCGAGUUGCCAAAAUUGAAGGAAGCUCUAGAGAGAAGAGGCUGGGUGCAGAAAUACGAAGCCACAAAAACAAGAACACUACCUUACGGUAGCGUGGUCAGCUUAGAGGCAAGAUCAUUAGGCGAUCUGACUCAACCGGACGGAACAUUAAACGAGAGAGCGGUGGUUUUCGCUUUACUACGUCACAAAUCGCCUGAUUUUAUAUGGGACUCCCGAAACGACUUUGUCGACUGGCACCGUGGCCUAAGUAGCAAUACCCUCCUCAACAGAUAUCAGAAACCCUCAGUUUACACCUCCAAGCUAGGAAUGGCUCGUAUACUGGAAGAAGCUCACUGGUUGUACGAGAAGGACGUGUCGAGCGUGUUAUUCCCUCGAAGUUACAACCUCAGCAGAGAACCGAAAGCUUUCCUCGAGGAUUUUCGACUGACCGCUGCUGCUGGCCUGUUGAAGUGGUUCGUAGAAAGAAUGCAAGACGACCGGGACACGGUGGACCUGGGACAGCGUACGAUUCCAAUGAGUCGAGUGGAAUUUGCCAUAAAACGCUGCGAGGAAUUUAUUGCUUGCGCGAGCCAUAAGAACAUAGAUGAAGACUUUGUCGCCGAGCUUUCGGAAGAGGAGUGGAAUUCCUUUUUGGAUGAUUACGCCACAGCCGUCCACGAUUACGGGAGAAUCGAGAAUAUUUCAGAGAAAAGUCAAGAAUAUCUCCAAAAGUAUAUCGAAGCAGCAAAGUCGACUCUGUCGAAAUUGAAAGAGGUCGAUCCGCAGUACGAGCUGAAUGGAAUGCGGAACACGUGGAUCCUGAAACCCAGUGAACUUUGUUGCGGUACCGGUAUCAGUAUAUCUCACAACCUGAACGACAUAUUCCGAAAGGUAAAGAGUCGUCCAAAGGAUUACUUCAUCGUUCAAAAGUACAUCGAGCGUCCUUUAUUGAUUCACGACACGAAGUUCGAUAUCAGGCAGUGGUAUUUGGUCACCAAUACGUUUCCUAUGACAAUAUGGUUAUUCAAGGAAGGACUGCUUCGGUUCAGCUCGAAGCCCUACACUUUCUCAACUUAUCACGAAGCGAUUCAUAUCUGCAAUACCGCCAUUCAGGAGAAGUACGACGAGGAAAGGAGGAGAAGGAGGAAGCGUGGAAUUUCGGAGGAAGUCGUAAAAUCGGUUCGCGAUCAGGGAUGGGACUGCGAGAAGCUGAACGAAUAUUUAAAGCAAAUGGGACUCGAGGGCGAACCGUAUUACGACAAGAUUUACCCGAAAAUGUCGGAAGCUAUAGUUCUGACGAUGUUAGCCUCCCAAGAACACAUGGACAGGCGACGUUGCAGUUUCGAGCUGUACGGAGCUGAUUUCGUCGUGAUGGAAGACCUCUCCGUCUGGUUGAUCGAGAUCAACACGAAUCCUCGGAUGCACCCGCCCAGCUCGAGAAUUACCAAACGCCUCUAUUCCGGUGUCCUCCAGAGCUUGGUUAAAGUGGUAAUGGACGUGCCUAUGAACGCAGCUGCAGACACUGGCGGGUUCAGCCUCGUCUACAAGCAACAUAUACCCGAUUUCCGACCUUAUCUCGGGCCUUGUCUCUUCGUGUUCGGCAAGUCGAUAACGCUGCAGGAGCAUCCGCGAAAACGCGACAAGAAGAAGGGAAAGGCGAACGGGUGGAUCAAGCAGCAACAACACCAACAACAGCAACCCCGUGCAUGGACCGCUCCACCAAUGAUUCCGCGCUCGAGGGAUCCAAAAAUAGUCGACUUCAUCGACUAUUUGAACACCGCUCGAGCUGUAACUUAGCUUUACAAUCGCAUUAGUAUACGAUAAUUGUCUUCGUGGGCGGGCUUGUAAAAUGUACGAUACGUAAUAAUCGAUGUAACAGCUCUGCGUCCGUUGCAUCGCGAUGCGCGCACGCUUCUUAUCGCAGCCGCAUCCAUUCCAAGCAAAUCGAUAGUUGGUAAACCAAAAUAUACGAAUUUGAUAAAACGUAAUUGGACGAGCGUUGCUUUGGGGUUAUCGCGUGUUAGACUGGUUGCGAACGGGUAGAGGUAAGCUCGACACGGAGAAUUAGUCGAAAGGUUGUUAAAAGGUCGGAACGACCCAGUUUUCGCGUGGAGUUCAACGACGAAACGGUGAGCGCGCGUUCUGAGUUAAAUCGCGAGCAAUUAAAAAAAGGAAAACAAAAAGAAACGGGCAAUUCUUUUUUCGGUGUAGGAAGGACAAUAAACGCAAGAAAAGAAUGAACGUAGAACGUAGUCUAGCACCGAAUCCAAAUUUUCAACGAAACACAUUUCCUGUUUCGACCGAAACUAAAUCUGGAUCGUUACUUUCACGUUGACAUAAUCGACGGAUGAACAACUGCAUUCUACUGUCGAGCAAGUUUAUCGCAAGUCGAGAAUAUUCGGGUUUGGUCGUAAUUUACCGGUUCCUCUGGCCAGCGCGGCGACUAGGUAGCUUCCCGGGAAAAGUCAGUUGCACCGUAGUGUAAUUAAUGGGCUCAAGAUAGACGAAGUAAUUAACGCUGUCAUUAGCCGGUGCCGUCGCUGCGUCGACGUUUCUUUCGGCAACUUCCUGCCAGAAAUACUGGGCUGAAUGUAUUCGUGAGAGCUGAAGAGGAGACUCCACUCUUCGUACGAAGUCUUUUAUACCGUUCGUGGCACAGUGAGAACAAAUAGCGCAUCGAGGUAACGCUUUAUGUGUACGAAAUACGGUAUAUUUGGGGUAAAAACACGGUAAACUUUUGUGCGGGCGAACGUUUUAGAUCAAAUAUUUUAUCGUUCGGAGCGUAACGAAAAUCAAUAGCCAAGCGUUUUUACGCAAUAUUUUUAUAAGGGAAUAUGGUAGAAAAUUCCUGAAUCGCAAAAACUAUUCUAUUUCGUGUAAAUCCGAGCACAUUUAUUAACAUCGAGUCGAUGAACUGGGCUAAAAU